CUGAAACUCUAAUCGACAGAGCAGUUGUGUUAACUUCGUUUGGAGGUCAAUAUGGUAACCAAAAACCAACAGAGUUUCUUUGUUUAACUCUGAAAUUAUUACAAUUACAACCGGGUAAAGAAAUUAUUAUAGAAUUUAUUAAGAACGAAGAGUAUAAAUAUUUAAGAGCUCUUGGGGCAUUUUACUUAAGACUUGUUGGAACGUCACUAGAAAUUUAUCAAUAUCUUGAACCAUUAUUGAAUGAUUAUCGAAAGCUGAGGAAACGAACAAUAGAUGGUGAAUUCUCAAUUACACAUAUGGACGAAUUCAUAGAUGAAUUAUUACGUGAAGACAGAGUAUGUGAUACUAUAUUGCCACGAAUUACAAAACGUUAUGUUUUAGAGGAAAAUGGUGAACUACAACAACGUGAAAUUGUACCUUCUGAUAAUGAUAAACGCUAUCGGGCUCGCUCAGAAUCAUAUUCUAGAUCACGUUCACGUUCUCGUUCGAGAAGUCGGAUUAGAUCUCGUUCACGGCGUAGAUCUCGUUCAAGGAGUAGAUCUCGUUCAAAACGUAGAGGAUACGAUAGAUACGAACCUAGUUAUCGUAGAGAGCAUUCCAGUAGAGAAAGAGAACAUUCAUCCUCACGUCAUCAUAGUCAUCGUCGUAAAAGAUCACGUUCACGUUCUACAAGCCACAGUCAAUGA